AUGGGUGGUUCUUCUUCUUCUUCUUCUAAGAAAGCGAGAGCUUUGGAAAUUUGGCGCAUGUGCGAUGCCGUGUGUUUUGACGUGGACUCGACUGUCAUCGAUCACGAAGGUAUCGACGCGUUGGCGGCGUAUCUCGGCAAAGGCGAAGAGGUGGCGAAGGUGACCACGCAAGCUAUGAAUGGAGAAAUUCCGUUCGAGAAGGCUUUGUUUUAUCGAUUAAACGCGAUGCAGUGUUCGAGACAGCAGAUGGAUGCGUAUUUAAAAGAGUAUCCGGUGAAACUUUCGAACGGAUUCCAAGAACUGAGAGACAAGUUGAAAGAAAAAGGGAAGACGGUGUAUUUAGUGAGCGGAGGGUUUCGACAAAUGAUCCAUCCGAUUGCGGAAUGUUUAGAUAUCCCAGUCCCUACGAACGUUUGGGCGAAUAAUUUGUUAUAUUUAGAAGAUGGAUCGAUGAAUUCAGAGAAACCAUUCGACGACGAAAACGAGUUUACGUGGCGCGCGGGCGGAAAGGCUUUGGCCGUCGCGCACGUGAAGAAAACCGGGAAUUUCAAAACAGUCGUGAUGGUUGGCGAUGGCGCGACGGACGUGGAAGCGAGAGCAGAGAAUGGAGCAGAUAUUGUUAUAGGGUACGGUGGAACGGUAAGAAGGGAGAACGUGGAAAAAACGGCGGAUUGGUUCGUGAUGGAUUUCAAAGAACUCGUCGAAGCCCUCUAG